AGCUAUUCAGUCAAACAGUUCAGCACCAUCCAAGCCAACUGUUCUAUCUUGGCAAGCUGCAAUCGAUGCUGCUAGACAAGCAAAGGCUGCCCAAAACAUGAGUACCACCACAGCCCAGCCUGUAGGAUCUCUGUCCCAAAGAAAACGCCAGCAAUAUGCCAAGAGCAAAAAACAGGGUAAUACGUCCAAUAGUCGGCCACCCCGUGCCCUUUUCUGUUUAUCCCUCAACAAUCCAAUACGAAGAGCCUGCAUUAGUCUAGUAGAAUGGAAACCAUUUGACAUAUUUAUACUACUGUCUAUUUUUGCCAAUUGUGUGGCCUUAGCUGUUUACAUCCCAUUCCCAGAAGAUGAUUCUAAUUCAACUAAUCAUAAUUUGGAAAAAGUAGAAUAUGCCUUCCUGAUAAUUUUUACAGUUGAAACAUUUUUGAAGAUUAUAGCAUAUGGAUUAUUAUUACACCCCAAUGCAUAUGUUAGAAACGGAUGGAAUUUAUUGGAUUUUGUAAUAGUAAUAGUAGGAUUAUUUAGUGUAAUAUUGGAACAAUUAACCAAAGAAACAGACGGUGGCAGCCACUCAGGUGGCAAACCUGGUGGCUUUGAUGUCAAAGCCCUAAGAGCCUUUCGUGUACUGCGACCUCUCCGACUUGUAUCAGGAGUGCCCAGUUUACAAGUUGUCCUGAACUCCAUUAUAAAAGCCAUGGUCCCCCUCCUCCAUAUUGCCCUUUUGGUAUUGUUUGUAAUCAUAAUCUAUGCUAUUAUAGGAUUGGAACUUUUUAUUGGAAAAAUGCACAAAUCUUGUUUUCUUAUUGAUUCAGAUAUACUAGUUGAAGAUGAUCCAGCACCUUGUGCAUUCUCAGGGAACGGCCGUCAGUGUGUCAUGAAUGGCACCGAAUGUAAGGGUGGAUGGGUUGGACCAAACGGAGGCAUAACCAACUUCGAUAACUUUGCAUUUGCAAUGCUGACUGUGUUCCAGUGUAUAACCAUGGAAGGGUGGACUGAUGUGUUGUACUGGGUAAAUGAUGCAAUAGGAUGUGAGUGGCCAUGGAUCUAUUUUGUUAGUCUUAUCAUCCUUGGCUCAUUUUUCGUACUUAACCUGGUUCUUGGUGUACUUAGUGGAGAAUUUUCCAAAGAAAGGGAAAAAGCCAAGGCCCGAGGUGACUUUCAGAAGCUACGUGAAAAACAACAGCUGGAAGAAGAUCUGAAGGGAUAUUUGGACUGGAUUACCCAGGCAGAAGACAUUGACCCCGAGAAUGAUGAAGAGGCUGAUGAAGAAGGCAAGAGGAACACGAGCAUGCCCACCAGUGAGACCGAGUCCGUCAACACGGAGAACGUCAGCGGGGAAGGGGAGAGCCCGGCGUGCUGUGGGAGUUUGUGUCAAACCAUCUCAAAAUCCAAGUUCAGUCGGCGCUGGCGUCGCUGGAACCGCUUUAACAGAAGAAAAUGUAGGGCUGCAGUAAAAUCUGUCACAUUUUAUUGGCUUGUUAUUGUCUUGGUCUUUUUGAACACGUUAACUAUCUCAUCAGAGCAUUACAAUCAACCUGACUGGCUGACCCAGAUCCAAGAUAUCGCAAAUAAAGUUCUUCUGGCUUUAUUCACCUGUGAAAUGUUAGUAAAGAUGUACAGCUUGGGCCUACAGGCCUAUUUUGUUUCUCUCUUUAACCGCUUUGAUUGCUUCGUUGUUUGUGGUGGCAUUGUUGAAACCAUUUUGGUGGAGUUGGAAAUUAUGUCACCCCUUGGAAUUUCAGUGUUUCGCUGUGUUCGUCUCCUGCGUAUAUUUAAAGUAACAAGGCACUGGGCAUCCCUGAGCAACUUGGUAGCAUCCUUGUUAAACUCAAUGAAGUCCAUUGCUUCACUGUUGCUUCUGCUUUUCCUCUUCAUCAUAAUCUUCUCGUUGCUUGGAAUGCAGCUGUUUGGAGGCAAAUUUAAUUUUGAUGAAACUCAAACAAAACGGAGCACCUUCGAUAAUUUUCCACAAGCCCUUUUAACUGUAUUCCAGAUCCUAACAGGUGAAGACUGGAAUGCUGUCAUGUAUGAUGGCAUAAUGGCAUACGGUGGUCCCUCAUCCUCAGGCAUGAUCGUCUGUAUAUAUUUCAUUAUCCUCUUCAUCUGUGGUAACUAUAUCUUGCUAAAUGUCUUCUUGGCCAUUGCUGUGGAUAACUUGGCAGAUGCUGAAAGUCUAAAUACAGCUCAGAAAGAAGAAGCUGAAGAAAAGGAAAGGAAAAAGAAUGCAAGAAAGGAGAGUCUGGAAAAUAAAAAAAGUGAGAAGUCAGAAGGUGAUCAAAAGAAGCCCAAGGAUAGUAAGGUGACAAUUGGCGAAUAUGGAGAAGGAGAGGAUGAGGAUAAAGAUCCCUACCCCCCCUGUGAUGUACCAGUGGGUGAAGAUGAAGAAGAUGAGGAGGAUGAACCAGAGGUACCAGCAGGUCCACGUCCCCGUAGAAUAUCAGAACUCAACAUGAAGGAGAAGAUAACACCGAUCCCUGAAGGGAGUGCCUUCUUCAUUUUCAGCAGCACCAACCCAAUUCGAGUGGGAUGCCACAGACUUAUCAAUCACCACAUCUUUACCAAUCUCAUCCUCGUCUUCAUCAUGCUGAGCAGUGUUUCCUUAGCAGCAGAAGAUCCAAUUCGCAGCCACUCUUUUCGAAAUAAUAUACUUGGUUACUUUGACUAUGCUUUCACAGCCAUCUUUACUGUUGAAAUCCUGUUAAAGAUCCUAGGGUAUGCAGAUUAUGUCUUCACUAGUAUGUUUACAUUUGAGAUCAUUUUGAAGAUGACAGCUUUUGGAGCAUUCCUUCAUAAAGGGUCCUUCUGCAGGAAUUAUUUUAAUUUGCUGGAUUUGCUGGUUGUGGGCGUUUCUCUGGUAUCAUUUGGGAUUCAAUCAAGUGCUAUCUCAGUUGUGAAGAUUCUCAGAGUUUUAAGGGUCUUGAGGCCUCUAAGGGCAAUAAACAGAGCAAAAGGACUUAAGCACGUUGUUCAAUGUGUCUUUGUGGCUAUUAGAACUAUUGGUAAUAUCAUGAUUGUUACAACUCUGCUGCAAUUCAUGUUUGCUUGUAUUGGGGUGCAGCUGUUUAAGGGAAAAUUCUACAAGUGCACAGAUGAGGCAAAACAGAACCCCGAGGAAUGCCGAGGGAUUUACAUCGUUUAUAAGGAUGGAGAUGUCGAUAGUCCCAUGGUCAAAGAGAGAGUCUGGCAAAACAGUGAUUUCAACUUUGAUAAUGUUCUGUCUGCUAUGAUGGCCCUUUUCACAGUCUCCACCUUUGAAGGCUGGCCAGCGCUGCUAUACAAAGCCAUUGAUUCAAAUGGCGAGAAUGUAGGACCUGUCUACAACUAUAGAGUGGAGAUCUCAAUUUUUUUCAUCAUCUAUAUCAUCAUUAUUGCUUUCUUUAUGAUGAACAUAUUUGUUGGUUUUGUGAUUGUUACGUUCCAAGAACAGGGAGAACAAGAGUACAAGAACUGUGAGCUGGACAAAAAUCAGCGUCAGUGUGUAGAGUAUGCCUUGAAGGCACGUCCUCUCCGUAGAUAUAUUCCAAAAAACCCUUACCAGUACAAGUUCUGGUAUGUGGUGAACUCUACUGGAUUUGAAUACAUCAUGUUUGUUCUCAUCAUGCUGAACACCCUUUGCUUGGCUAUGCAGCACUAUGGACAGUCUAAGCUAUUUAAUGAUGCAAUGGACAUUAUGAAUAUGGUUUUCACGGGAGUGUUCACUGUUGAAAUGGUUUUGAAACUGAUUGCAUUCAAACCCAAGGGCUAUUUUAGUGAUGCCUGGAAUACGUUUGACUCCCUCAUCGUUAUUGGCAGCAUAGUAGACGUCGUUCUCAGUGAAGCUGAUCACUAUUUCACUGAUGCAUGGAACACUUUUGAUGCCUUAAUUGUUGUUGGUAGCGUCGUUGAUAUUGCUAUAACAGAAGUUAAUAACUCUGAGGACAGCGCUCGGAUCUCCAUCACUUUUUUCCGUCUCUUCCGUGUGAUGAGGUUGGUGAAGCUGCUGAGCAGAGGAGAAGGAAUCAGAACAUUACUCUGGACAUUUAUCAAGUCAUUUCAGGCUCUGCCUUAUGUUGCCCUUCUGAUUGCCAUGCUGUUCUUCAUCUAUGCUGUCAUUGGAAUGCAGGUAUUUGGAAAAGUGGCCAUGAGGGACAACAAUCAAAUAAACAGAAACAACAAUUUUCAGACUUUCCCCCAAGCUGUGCUUCUUCUCUUCAGGUGUGCAACUGGAGAAGCCUGGCAGGAAAUCAUGUUGGCAUGUUUGCCUGGAAAGCGCUGUGAUCCAGAAUCCGAUUAUAAUCCUGGGGAAGAAUACACGUGUGGAAGCAAUUUUGCCAUCAUUUAUUUUAUCAGUUUUUACAUGCUCUGUGCAUUUUUGAUUAUAAACUUAUUUGUGGCUGUCAUUAUGGAUAAUUUUGAUUAUUUGACACGUGACUGGUCUAUUCUGGGCCCCCACCAUUUGGAUGAAUUCAAAAGAAUAUGGUCAGAAUAUGACCCUGAAGCAAAGGGAAGGAUAAAGCACCUUGAUGUGGUGACAUUGCUGAGACGGAUUCAGCCACCGCUUGGUUUUGGCAAGUUAUGCCCUCACCGAGUGGCCUGCAAGAGGUUAGUAGCCAUGAAUAUGCCAUUAAACAGUGAUGGGACCGUCAUGUUCAAUGCUACUUUAUUUGCAUUGGUUAGGACUGCUCUAAAGAUAAAAACAGAAGGUAACCUGGAGCAAGCCAAUGAAGAACUUAGAGCAGUCAUAAAGAAAAUAUGGAAGAAAACAAGCAUGAAAUUACUUGACCAAGUUGUCCCUCCCGCUGGCGAUGAUGAGGUAACCGUGGGGAAGUUCUAUGCCACCUUCCUGAUACAGGACUACUUUAGGAAAUUCAAGAAACGCAAAGAACAAGGACUGGUGGGGAAAUAUCCUGCGAAGAACACCACGAUUGCUCUGCAGGCAGGACUAAGGACACUUCAUGAUAUUGGCCCAGAAAUACGCCGAGCUAUAUCCUGUGACUUGCAAGAUGAUGAACCAGAGGAAAACAAUCCAGAGGAGGAGGAAGAUGUUUAUAAAAGGAAUGGUGCCCUCUUUGGCAACCACAUAAACCACAUUAGCAGUGACAGACGAGAUUCAUUUCAGCAGAUCAACACCACACACCGUCCCUUACACGUCCAGCGGCCUUCAAUUCCCUCUGCAAGCGAUACUGAGAAAAACAUGUAUCAUCAGGCAGGAAACUCUGUGUACCACAAUCACCACAACCACAACUCGGUAGGAAAGCACGUUCCAAACUCAACAAAUGCCAAUCUCAAUAAUGCCAACGUGUCCAAAGUCCAUGGAAGACACGCAAGUUUUGGAAAUCGUGAGCAUAGAUCUGAAAACAGUUACCGCUCACACUCCAGGACUGACCACGAGAGGCGCAGAAGGCCAAGCAGUAGGAGAACACGCUACUAUGAAACAUAUAUUAGAUCUGACACUGGUGAUGGGCGCCAACCUACGAUUCGCAGGGAAGAACAUGAAGUCCAAGACUAUUGCAAUGAUGAUCAUUAUUUGGGAGAGCAGGAGUAUUACAGUGGAGAAGAAUAUUAUGAAGAUGACAGUAUGUUGUCAGGAAACAGGCACAGAUAUGAUUACCACUGUAGAUAUCACUGCCAUGACUCAGAUUUUGAGAGACCAAAAGGUUACCAUCACCCACAUGGUUUUUUUGAGGAAGAUGAUUCACAGAUGUGUUAUGAUACAAAAAGAUCUCCUAGGAGACGGCUGCUACCUCCAACACCACCACCACAUAGACGAUCCUCCUUUAACUUCGAAUGCCUCCGCCGACAAAGUAGCCAAGACGACAUUCCACUCUCUCCUAAUUUUCACCAUCGCACAGCCCUGCCACUUCACUUAAUGCAACAGCAGGUGAUGGCUGUGGCAGGUCUGGAUUCCAGCAAAGCUCAUAAACAUUCACCGAGUCGUUCAACGCGUUCCUGGGCCACCCCACCUGCCACCCCUCCCAACCGGGACCGCUCCCCCUAUUACACCCCUCUGAUCCAGGUGGACAGGGCUGACUCCACAGAGCACAUGAAUGGCAGCCUGCCCUCCCUGCACAGGAGCUCCUGGUACACAGAUGACCCCGACAUUUCCUACAGGACAUUCACACCAGCCAGCCUGACCGUCCCCAACGACUUCAGGCACAAGCACAGCGACAAGCAGAGGAGUGCAGACAGCCUGGUGGAAGCGGUACUUAUAUCUGAAGGCCUAGGAAGGUAUGCAAAGGACCCUAAAUUUGUUUCGGCUACGAAACACGAGAUUGCUGAUGCAUGUGACAUGACUAUUGACGAGAUGGAGAGUGCAGCAAGUAACCUUCUCAAUGGAAAUAUCAGCAAUGGGACCAACGGGGAUAUGUUCCCCAUUUUAAGCAGACAAGAUUACGAACUUCAAGAUUUUGGUCCUGGUUACAGCGACGAAGAGCCGGAAACGGGACGAUACGAGGAAGACUUAGCUGAUGAAAUGAUAUGCAUUACAAGCUUAUAGUAUUUAGCAAGGAAAAUGUUCUAAUAACAGAAAAAGUGCCUCGUAGUUUCAAGAUGCUAGGCACUAGCUGGAGUGAAUAACCAAUCCAAGUUUUGUAUGAGUGAUGUCACACCUCAAGGAAGCCAUAACUAAUAAAUUUAUUAUCUCCAGGUUGCCGAAAUGUGAACAGAGCUGCGGUAGGUCCAGUCUCCUCCCACAGAGUCUUCAGUUCCUCUGUAGGAAUAAGGCUAUUUUGAAACCAAGCAGAUUGUGACAAUCAGUUUUUUGAGGGCUAGAGCAGGAUUCUGAGGUGUAAUAUCUUGCCUGUCUUUCAACCUUGUGCUGCUGUCCUUCCUAGUAGAGCGGGAUUUUGUCAGUGACAAUGUCUGUAGAGGUCUGGCACAGGAUUGUGUGGGAAACAGCAACAUGAGAUGAGUGAUGACAACCAAUAAUGUCAUUACCUCAGUGCUCAAAGCAUAUCAGCUACCCAUUGCAUAUCCAUUCUAACAUUGUUUUCAAACUUGCCUCCUGAUUUCUUUUCUUAAUGCUCUUCUAAAUUACAAUUUGUCACGCUCUACCUGUUAGAGAUCGUUGGAAAAAGAAGUUAUAUAAAGAAUAAUCCGUCAUAUGUAACAUCAGUUUACAUAGGAAAAUAUCAUUCAGAUGGUCUGUUUUAUGACUAUCAUGUUAAGGGCAAAAUAUACUGGAAUAAUUGCAUUCUUACUAAUGCACUUGCAACCAGGUUAUAGUAGAAUUAGAUAAGAUAGUUUGCUAAAAAUUAUAUAGUAGAAAAUAUUGUAAAUUAAUUGUAAUAUACAAUGAUUUGUAUUUGUAAAGAGAUGUUCUAUAUUUUGUAAUUAUUGUACCGUAAUUGAACUGCAGCAAUAUUUAUGGACCCUAAUUAUUGUAACUCUCCACAGAAUUCUAGAUAGAAGUAUUUUUACUUGGAAUAUAUAGAUCUAUAGCAUAAAUAUUUAAAUAGAGCCACCUCUCAGUGUAAAUCUCUUUUUGGGAUAAAGUGUCAAGUUUGAACUUGGCAACAGAUCAGAUUUUUUUAAAAAUAAUUGAAUCAAAAGAAUCUCUCUGCAUAAGGGAUGUACCGUUGACUACUCAGUCUUAUACUUGGAAAGGUAAAAAAUGUAAAGUAAUUUCAACUUUUUUUUUUUCUUUU